AUGCUACCGAAACGACGGCGAGCGCGGGUCGCGUCCCCCAGCGCCGCCCCUUCCUCCGCGGUGCGCUUCCCGGGGGUCACUAUCUACCUGGCAGAACCACACAUGGGCCGCAGUCGCCAGGGUUUUCUCACACGCCUGGCUGUCUCCAAGGGUUUCCACGUCCUUAAUGCCUACAGCCCGGAGGUGACACAUGUGGUGAUGGAGGGGACCUCAGCGGAGGAGGCUGUCUGCUGGCAGGAGCGCAAGACGUCGGCUCUUCCCCCAGGUUGUACCCGCCCAGCGCUUUUAGACAUAAGUUGGUUCACAGAGAGCAUGGAAGCUGGGCAGCCUGUCCCUGUGGAAUGCCGGCACCGCCUGGAGGUGGCUGUGCCCAAAAAGGAGAUGCCAAGCCCAGCAUGGAUGCUGCCCUAUGCCUGCCAGCGUCCCACACCUCUCGUGCACCACAAUGCCAGCCUCUCGGAGGCUCUGGAGACGCUGGCAGAGGCCGCUGGCUUUGAUGGCUGUGAAGGCCGCCAGAUCGCCUUCUACAGAGCGGCCUCAGUGCUCAAGGCCCUCCCCAGCCCGGUCACAACCCUGAGCCAGCUGCAGGGCCUGCCGCACUUCGGAGAACACUCCUGCAGAGUUGUCCAGGAGCUGCUGGAACACGGAGUAUGUGAGGAGGUGGAGAGAGUCCAGCUCUCAGAGAGGUACCAGACCAUGAAGCUCUUCACUCAGAUCUUUGGGGUCGGGGUAAGGACUGCUGACCAGUGGUACCAAAAAGGGCUCCGGACACUGGAUGACCUCCGAGAGGAGUCCCAGAGACUGACCCAGCAGCAGAAAGCAGGACUCCAGCACCACCAGGACCUGAGUGCCCCGAUCCUGCGGUCAGAUGUUGAGGCCCUGCAGCAAGUGGUGGAGGCAGCCGUGAGGCAGGCCCUUCCUGGGGCCACUGUCACGCUGGCCGGAGGCUUCCGGAGGGGGAAGUUGCAGGGCCACGACGUGGAUUUCCUCAUCACCCACCCCCAGGAGGGCCAGGAGGCAGGGCUGCUGCCCAGAGUGAUGUGCUACCUGAAGAAGCAGGGCCUUGUCCUGUACCACCAGCACAGCCACCAGGGAGACCUGACGCAGCAGAGCCACACCAUGGAUGCCUUUGAGAGGAGUUUCUGCAUUUUCCGCCUGCCACAACCCCCAGGGGCUGCUGUGGGUGGUGCCCAGAAGCCCUGCUUCGCCUGGAAGGCGGUGCGGGUGGACCUGGUGGUUGCCCCUGUCAGCCAGUUCCCCUUUGCCCUGCUUGGCUGGACUGGCUCCAAGCAUUUUGAGCGGGAGCUACGCCGCUUCAGCAGGAAGGAGAGGGGCCUCUGUCUGAACAGCCAUGGUCUGUUUGAUCCGGAGCAGAAGACGGUUUUCCACGUGGCCUCAGAGGAAGACAUCUUCAGACUCCUGGACCUUGAGUACCUUCCCCCAGAGCAGAGAAAUGCCUGA